UGGAAUCACGUCAUGGAGUUUUGCACAUAUGGCGAGAUCUACUCGCUCGUAGAGCGUAAGCUCUUUGCCGGCGGGCCUGAAGGCUACUAUAGUCGCGAUGACCGGCUGUGCUUCUUCAAGCAACUUCUCCGCGGCGUCGACUACCUGCACAGCCACGGCAUAGCCCAUCGAGACAUCAAGCUGGAAAACCUGCUUCUCAGCAAGGAAGGCCAUCUGAAAAUCUCGGAUUUUGGCGUUGCCGAAGUCUUCAGCGGCGAGCAUCCUGGCCUGCGCGCUUCUGGCGGAGAAUGCGGCAAAAAUAUGCGACACAUUCGUCUUUCAGCCCCUGGCAUCUGCGGCAGUCUACCGUAUAUUGCUCCCGAAGUGCUACAAAAGGACCACAGUUACGACCCCCGACCGCUGGAUAUAUGGUCAACUGCCAUUGUCUACUUGACCAUGACAUUUGGUGGCUGUCCAUGGCAGGCUGCCAAGCCAGAGUUCGAGUACUACGCUCGAUUCAAAAAGGGUUGGGACCAGUGGCUGCAAGCCCAUCCCGACGGACAAAUCUUCGAUGGUCCUGACGGCCACCCCAAGUGCGGCAAGCUAUUCAGUCUCAUCGAGCCCCCGUCGAUCAAACGUUUGAUGCUGAAGAUGCUACAUCCCAUUCCGUCGCAGCGCAUCACGAUCCGCGAUGUGCUCAAGACGACUUGCAUCAAGAACAUUGGCUGUUGCUGUCCGGAAUCGUACGAGGAGCCCAAGAUUACUUUUGAUGCCUCCAAGGCGUCGAGCGCGAGAACGGCUGCGCCUAAGAAGUAUCUGCAUCACCAUGUACCUCCCAAGCCUGAGAAUAAGGUUGGGAAGGCAUUUACCCACCGUUUUGACAUGGGCGAACGAUGACCAUGUUCCCCCCCUGUAUAUUGCUCACUAUUAUACCAUAAUUAUCGCAUUGUAUUGGCGCAAGCAUGGCGGGGUACCAUUUCGCAGUCUGUUAUCUUUGCGCGUUUGAUGCGCAGCAUUCUUCUUUUCGAGUACGAGUAGUAGUAGUAGCAUGCACCGAGCAGAUAGCGAAUGCCACGAUGCCAAGCUCCCCCUGCAAA